AUGUUUCAUCGAGUUAUCAAAGAUUUCAUGAUACAAGGUGGCGAUUUUACAAAUCAUGAUGGCACGGGAGGCAAAAGCAUUUAUGGCGAACGUUUUGGCGAUGAAAAUUUCAAUUUGAAGCAUUAUGGUGCUGGAUGGUUGAGCAUGGCGAACGCAGGAAAGGACACAAACGGAUCGCAGUUUUUCAUUACUACGGUAAAAACGACGUGGCUGGAUGGCCGUCAUGUUGUUUUUGGAAAAGUGCUGGAGGGAAUGGAUGUUGUUAGGAAAAUUGAAAAUACCUCAACAGGACCCGGUGACCGACCAAAAGAAGAUGUUAAAAUCGUGGACUGCGGUGAAUUACUGCUGGAAACUCCGUUUGAGACACCGAAGGAAGCAGUGGCCUAA